AGAGAACUUUCCAGAGAUCCAGGAUGGUUGGAUGUGGCGUGCUCUCCUUCGUUUUUGUCAUCUUUGUGCCUGUCCUAACCUCAGGGUGCACGGACACAGAGUACUAUAACUACUAUGAUGAACUGGCCCAAAGCAUCUGUACGGCUGCCUCUGGCCGUCCAGCAUUUGUCUUUGCACUGCGUCGUGACUGUAGUGGGAUUGCCCCUACCUGCCAUAACAUCUGCUUGUCUGCCCGAGCAGAUAUGCGGGCAGUAGUCAGCAGUGGAAGUACUGCUGAGUGCUUUGAUGCUGUGAACAUCGCAAAGAAUCGGCCGUCACUUCUGCCCAACCCUACCAGUCACCAGCCUGAUGCCGGCAGGGUUGGCCUGGUAACAUAUCGCUACCACCAGGGUGGCUGUACCUGGACACCCAACCACUGCGGACCCAACUACUGUUGCUGCCGACUGCGCUGAUAAUACAUAUAGUACCUCUGGGAGAAUGUUACUGCAUGUAUCAGAGUAGCGAGCACAAGGUGGUGCAACAUCAGAGAUUUACCUCAGACAUACCAAUAAAGCUUGCAUAAAAUC